AUGCCCGAUAAGUCCUUCCUGCAGGCUCGCUGUGAAGAGCCUCUCAUGACCUCUGACUGGGGCAUCCCUCUGCUGGCUGCUCUGCUGCUGCUGGCGCUGGUCUACACCUUCCUCUACCUGCCAGCUACAGCCCAAAGAGCUCUGCUGGAGCAGGCGCUCAGCAUGAACAACACAUCUACAGACAUGAACACAACAGACAAGGAGGGCUGGUUCACAGAGGAGUAG